CUGGAAGUGUCCAAGGCCAGGUUGGAGCAACCUGGGUUAAUGGAAGGUGUCCUUGCCCAUGGCAGGGGGAAGGAAUGUUUAAAGUCCCUUCCAACCCAAACUAUUCAGUGAUUCUGUGACUUGGAAUAUUGUGGGGGUUGGAAAUUCAAGCUGGUAAGAUCCAAAUCAGCUCACCACAGGUAAACUGGGUUUUUCUGAGGUUUCUUGCUUGGCCUGAAUGCGUGGAUGAGUUAAAAAAACACUCUGUAGUGCAGAGCUGAACUUGUUCAGGUUUGUUUUCCCGACCAUCCCUGGGCAGGUGUGGGUGGAAUGGCCAGACAGCUUCCAGAAGGCUUCCAGUCCCAGAGACUUGAAGUUCCUCACCUGUUGCACAGAGAGCAGUGGUGGAAUUUAGAGCAUUUAGAGGUGGUUUGGUUUAAUCUCCCCAUCGUGUCCUACAAAUGAGUAUAAAACUUUUGGCGUGUUCACAAGUGAAAAUUAACCUUUGUUGACACCAAUUCUCUGCUCGAGACAAACUUCCAAGGGCUUUGGAGGAUUCAUUGACUUCUGAGGAGAGAAGCAGGUGUUUUCCUUAAUGUUAAUGGAUACACCAGGCUGAUGUAUUCGCACUUGUCAGUGCUUUGGAUGUGUUAAUGCGGGUCACAUUCCAGCGGGGCAGCGAGGGGGAAGGUCAGCUCCUCUCCCGGAGCUGCUCCUGCUGCCACGGCGGCUCCUUCAAAGGGAGAGGAACGCUGAGCUGACUCAGUGACGGGCACAUUUAGUUGCACUGUGUUUAUUUUAUUAGUGAGACCUUGUGGAAGUGUGCUGCCACUUGGGAGUGAGCCAGGCGAGCCUCCAGCGCAGCAAACUGAUGGCUAAAUACCCAAAAAACGUGGAAUUCAAAGGUGGUUUCCUGUGUCUGUUCCAUUUUGGCCUUUAGGGAAUAACAACGUCUUCCUUUCUCCACAGCUCCCUGAAAGGAGAGUGCAGACAGUUGGUGGUCUCUUCUCCCAGGUAACAAGUGACAGGACAAGAGGAAACGGCCUCAAGUUGCACCAAAGGAGAUUUAGGUUGGAUAUUGGAAAAAAUUUCUUCAUGGAAAGGGCUGUCAAGCACUGGAACAGGCUGCCCAGGGCAGUGGUGGAGGGAUUUAAAAGCUGCGUGUAGAUGUGGCACUUGGGGAUGUGGUUUUAGUGGUGACACCGGAGUGCUGGGUUAAUGGUUGGACUGGAUGAUCUUGGAGGGCUUUCCCAACCUAAAUGAUUCCAGGAUUUGUGAUCCCCUCUGCGAGGGUUUCUCCUGGUCAGCCCUUGCUGCUGUUCACCCAACUCCUGUGUUCAGUCACUCCUCUAACACAGCAAACCCCCAGCCUUGCCUCGUUUCAUGCAGAGCAGUUCUGGUAUUGAUGAGGCCUCAAGAAUUCGGGGACAAACUGCAUCCACGGGGCUGGAGUGCUGGUCCUUUGGCUUUUCACUGGAGUGGUGGGGAAGGAGUGCAGCCUGUACAGCAUCACUGGGACAUUUUUUGUACCUGUUCAUUUGCGAGGCACCAAAACUGAGGUGGUUCAGCUCCUGGGGGAGCAGAGGGGCAGGAGGCAGCAGAGCCCACACUGCCCACCCAGGCGCCUUUGGAAGGGCAAUUCCUGCUGCCAGGUUGUUUAAUGAUAAAUGCCCUCGGGCUGCUGACGAGUUACUGAUUGAGUGACUGUCCAUGUGAGGCUGAGGAUGAAGAAGGAGGCAGAGGGAUGAUGGAGAGCAAUUCCACUGCAGGAGCCAUUUCCCCUUCACAGCAGUUCAGCCUUGCUGACCUUGUUGUGGUGGUGGCUUAUUUUUCCUUAAACGUUGGCGUGGGAAUAUGGUCUUCCUGCAGGGUGAACAGGAACACGGUCAGUGGCUAUUUCCUUGCUGGCAGAGACAUGGCCUGGUGGCCAAUCGGGGCCUCGCUCUUUGCCAGCAGCGAGGGCUCCUGGCUCUUCAGAAUCGCUGUCGCCGGCUUCGAGUGGAAUGCGACUUCUGCUCUUCUGGCACUCGCCUGGGUGUUCGUGCCAGUCUGCAUCUCAUCUGGGAUUGUCACGAUGCCCGAGUAUCUCCAGCGGAGGUUUGGAGGGGAGAGGAUCCGGGUGUACCUCUCCAGCCUGUCGCUCCUGCUCUCCAUCUUCACCAAAAUCUCAACAGACCUGUACUCUGGGGCCUUCUUUGUGCAAGUCUGCCUGGGCUGGGACCUCUCCCUCUCCACCGUGCUCGUGCUGGUGGUCACAGGGCUCUACACCAUUGCAGGUGGGUUGCUCAUCAUCCACUGGACCCACGCGCUGCAGACGCUCAUCGUGCUCCUGGGAGCCAUCGUGCUGGCAGUGAGAGCUUUUAACGAGGUCAGAGGGUACCCCAGCCUGGAAGAGGCCUAUCUAAGAGCGGUGCCGUCCAAGGUCGUUCCCAGCACUACCUGCCACCUGCCCAGAGCGGACGCCGUGCGCCUCUUCCAGAUCCCGCUCUCUGGAGACCCGCCCUGCACCGUGAUGACCCUCGAGCUGUCCGUCGUGGCCACGUGGUACAGGUGCACCGACCAGGUCAUCGUCCAGCGCUCGCUCUCUGCCAAGAGCCUGAGUCACGCCAAGGCUGGCUCUGUCCUGGCCAGCUACCUGAAGAUGCUGCCCCUGUUUGUCAUCAUCAUGCCAGGGAUGAUCAGCAGGGUCCUGUACCCAGGGCUUUGGAUGCAGUGGGGCCCAACACUGGGCUCUGCUCCUGGCCGCUCUGUUGGACUUUGCUCCCGCUUCCCACACUCUCCAGGAUCCCACCGAGGGGUUCCACGGCUGAGCUGAGCCCUGGGAUGGGCGUUUCGGCUGGAAUAUAACACUGCAGACACUGCCUUGCCCUCUGGAGCAUCUUCCACCCUCCCAGAUUCUGUGGCCUGUGUGGACCCCGAGGAGUGCACCCGUGUCUGUGAGGCUGCCGUGGGCUGUUCCAACAUCGCCUGCCCCAAGCUGGUGGUGGAGCUGAUGCCCAGCAGGCUGCGGGGUCUGAUGAUGGCAGUGAUGAUGGCAGCACUCAUGUCAUCCCUGACCUCCAUAUUCAACAGCAGCAGCACCCUCUUCACCACGGACAUCUGGAAGAAGCUGCGGCCGGCCGGUGACCGGGAGCUGCUCCUCGUGGCCAGGGUGAUCACAGUGGUGGUGGUGGCCCUCAGCGUGGUCUGGAUCCCCAUCCUGCAGAGUUCCAGUGGUGGCCAGCUCUACAUCUACAUCCAGGCUGUCACCAGCUACCUGGCUCCUCCUGUCACUGCUGUCUUCGUCCUGGCUGUCUUCUGGCCUAGUGCCCAGCCAGCCCCUAGAGAGGGGGAAAGCUGCUGGGAGAGGGGCUGGGGAAAUGGGGAUUCGGGUGAUAGUUUUUAUUUGUCGCACCUGGGAUAUGUGAUGUUUAAAUCCACUGGUGCAGUGAGCUGGGUGUUCUCAGCACUGAGUGUGUCCCAGGGGGUGUGAGGUGUGGGGGGCAUUUGUGGGGACAGCAAGUCCCUGGGAGGGGUUUGGGACAGGGAUUUGGGUGGGAAAAUGGGACCUGCAAAUGGAUCAAAACCACCACAAAGCAGCGGGGGCACGAGUUCAGUGACAGGACCACCAUGGCAACGGUCACACUCGUGGGCAUCACCCAAACACAUUUUACAGGCUCUAAAUAAUAAAAAAAAUACUAUAAAGCCACACUUUGCAGCUAUGAACAGCACCCACAGGACUGAAGCCCCCCGGAUCAGCCUGCCCUGGCACCCUGAGUCCCUUCAUCCUUCCAUGGGGUUGUGGAGCUGCAUCCCGGCUGCCCGCAGCCCUCCCUGGAGGUGAGUCUGUGCUU